AAUACAGUCAAAAUCCAAUCAAACUCUAUAUAAAUAAGAAAUAAAUCCUCACCAUGAUCCAUCACAAUUCAUUCAUACAUAAAAAGAGUUUAGUUUAAACAUGGCAUCUAAGCCAAACUCAUUGCAGCAGCAACGACACUCUUGCUCUUCUUCCUCAUCGGCGGCAGCAUCCUCGGUGUCGAUGCCGCUGAACGGCCGCGUCGCCGUCGUGACCGGAGCAUCCCGCGGCAUCGGUCGCGAGAUCGCCGUCCACCUGGCGGCCCUCGGAGCCCGGCUAGUUCUCAACUAUGCCUCCAAUUCCGCCCUCGCCGACGCCCUCGCUGCAGAGCUCAACGAAAAUUCACCCACUCUCCGCGCCGUCGCCGCCCGCGGCGACGUCUCCCACCCCGACGCCGCCCGCUCCCUCUUCGACAAAGCCGAGCAGGCCUUCGGCUCGCCGCCGCACAUCCUCGUCGCCUGCGCGGGAAUUCUCAAUUCAAAAUACCCGGCGCUCGCCGACACCACCCUCGACGACUUCGACGCGAUGUUCAACGUCAACGUGCGCGGCACCUUCCUCCUCCUACGCGAGGCAGCGAACCGCAUGGUUCGCGGCGGCGGGGGGAGGAUCGUAACGUUCUCAUCGUCAAUCAUGGGGACGCUGCUCCCGGGGUACGCGGCGUACACCGCGACGAACGGGGCGGUGGAGGCGAUGACGCGGAUACUGGCGAAGGAGCUGAAGGGGACGGGGAUCACGGCGAACUGCGUGGCGCCGGGGCCAGUGCGGACGGAGCUGUUCUUGGCGGGGACGGACGAGGAGUUCAUCAAGGAUGUGGAGAAGAGGAGCUUGGGAAGGAUCGGGGAGGCCAAGGAUGUGGCGCCGGUGGUGGGGUUCUUGGUCAGUGACCAGGCCGAGUGGGUCAACGGCCAGGUGAUUAGGGUCAACGGAGGCUUUGUUUGAGUGAGACCUAAUUACUUUCCAUGCAGGAGUGCUGCGUGUACAUCUUAAAUUAUUCGAUAAAUAAAGUCUAAAUAUUAUAUAUUUAUUUUUCUGUAGUUUAUAAUAUCA